GAGCUAUCACACAGACUAAAAACACAUGACAAAAAUCUUGCCAAAGUUAGAGUCGUUCCCAACUGCAUUCAGACAGGAUGCUCGCCCUCCGUCUCACCGUGUUCGCCCUCCUCGUCUGUGGUACCUGUGGUUUCUCAGGGUACUGGUUCAACUUGUUUAACCACUGCAACCCACCUGAGCAGAUGGUGGGCAAGUUCUGCGUUAUUCUGCUGGACAACAACUACGACGGUGACAACAAUGUAACCAACAGAGACAUCCACUACGAUUCCCUGUUUUACGACUAUGAUGGUGAGCUUUGCACCAUGCACGAAUGGGAGCUCGUGACCAAAUGGACGUGUAGGUUUGGCUUCUCCGAGGAAUUUGGGAGAUUCAUGUUCAACCGCUUCGACAUCAUCGAAGAUGGCGUCGUGACCGAAGGAGACUUCGGUGCACCAUUGAGUUACACUGCUGACAACUUCUUAGUGAUGAAUUUCAACCUUUACAAGAACCUCUACUGCGGUGACCCGAAGAACAGGGAGAACCCCGUUGACCGCGUCCAGUGUGCCGAGGUAGAUGCGCUGACUCCCGAGGACAUCAAGUGUACAUAAGGAGAAACCACAUCAACCAGUCAUGUACAAACGUCAAUAAAACUGUUGGCAGUAACAA